GCUAGUCAAGAUCACGUACCAAUUACUAGUACUUACUGUGCAGGAUCACAACCGUGUGGAACUGGGCGUGACGACGUCUAUCUAGACGACAUGUUCGCAGAUCAUUGUGCCGUCAGCUGCCACUAUGAAUCUGAAUAUGACAUCUUUGGUGCCCGCCCGCUCACGGGCGAUCCACUUCUGUGGGAUGACAUCCGCUCAGAGAACAGCGACGAUUAUGUUGUGCAGGAGGAUGAAGAAUUCGCUAAGCUUGCAGAGGUGGAGGCAAAUUGCCCAGGGAGGAACAUCCCCUUGCAGCAAGCAAGGAAAAUCGACAAGGCAUGGAUAAGGAGCAUCGUGGAGCAGAACGAGAAAUACGACGCGCGGUGCCAGGAGAUUCUGCGCCAGGACGAGGGUGCUGAUCUGCCUCCUGUUCCACUAGAUGUGUUCCCUGAGGCAACAGGUUUAUGCGUCCAAAGGGGUCGCUGCUACCACAUUGAAUACAGGACCCAUGAUACUUCCACCACUGAUCCAGAUCUUGGAUAUGCCGAACCAGAAAUGAUGCUACAGAUAUUCUUUUUGCGCUUAUCAAGCUUCUCUGUGUCCUAUUCCUGCCCCAUCAGUGUAUAUGGAGUGUUCGCUGUUCGGGAUGUGGUGGAGCCACUGCAGAACCAUGUCUUCAACCGUUCCAGAGAUGACCCUGUCACGGUUGACCAGGAUCCGUUUACCUUGCCACUCUGUAGCCCUCGUCGAGGAAUGUACAUACCAUAUGACCUAGUAUUGCUAGAAGUUGAUCUUUGGAUAAAAAAGGAAGGGGAUGGGUCAGCCGACCAAAAAUUACUUUCUGCAUACCUUGAGCUGGAUGUCCGCACAGAAGGCGAUGGGUUCAUAUAUGGUUGUGUCCCUGCCUCCCUGGGGACAAUGUCAGCUUGGAAAUAGACUUUGCGUAGCUCACAAAGAGUGUUGAGGCAGUGAUCGAGGUCUCUGCAGAGGUUAGUCAUCAUUGCCAUGUGAGAUUCGUUGCUUUCAGGAGUGCUAUGCUAGAAUGUUUGUGUUUUAGGAGUUGAAUUUAAGUAGCAGUUGGAUUUCCUUUUGUCCCUCGUGACAAAACAGGCUGAACUUUGGGUUUUAGCUUUUGUUUAUGGCCCAGAUAUGCUGAACUGUGGCAGAAGUUUGAGAUAUGCAUGACUCUGGAGUGGUCCAGAA